UUCAGGGUGAACCUGUUUGCCUGAUUGCAGCUGGCAGUCGUUCAUCCACUGAAGUUUAUCAGGCAUCAACCACCCGCCAGCUGUGUGCAAGGUGCUUCUCAGCGUUAGUGUCCUCGGAUCCCUACCGUAACCUUGUGAGAUGGUGGGGGCAUGGAGGAGGUCAGAUGGUAGCAUCAGCUGUGAAGGGGGCUUGGUGUUCAGAUGACGAGGUUGGAGGUGACGGCACUGUGCAUUUCUGGAGAGGAGAGCCCAUGUGGCCUCGCAAGAGACUGCUCGCGGGAAGCGAGAACUGGGCUGACACUGCAUCAUCCUCCUGCCCUCCUUCCUUCCCUGCUGCGCAAGGGCUUGGACUUCUUCAGCUCAGAAACCUCAGAAGUCCUCCUCCUUGCUGGGCUGGUGUCCAGGGAAGCCACUGCUCCUGUAGGGCGUCUCCUGUGUUUCAGGAUUUACCCAGCCAUUAAGCACAGCUGGCGUGCUGAGCUCCGCCUCUACUGCUUCCAACAGGUCAAGGAGUAGGCCUCGCUAUCGGACCAAAGCCCUGAGCUCCGAGGUGGAUGAGAGCCUUUUUGGAGCUGUCAAGCCCCUGACCCGGAGUGACAGCCCCAUCGUGCUGCUCCGAGACAAGCAUGCCAUUCGGAAAACCCUCACAGCGCUGGGCUUGGACCACAAGCCGGAGAGCAUCCAGCUCAUCACCCGGGACAUGGUCCGGGAGCUAAUCAUUCCCACCAAGGACCCUUCCGGGCAAUCCCUUAUCCUGAGCCCUGAGGAGUUUGAGCGGAUCAAAUGGGCAUCCCACGUCCUGACUAGAGAAGAACUCGAGGCCAGGGAGCAGGCCUUCAAGAAGGAGAAGGAAGCCAUUGUGGACACAGUGACCACACGCAAGAAAAUCAUGAAACAGAAGGAAAUGGUUUGGAGGAACAACAGGAAGCUCAGCGACCUGGAGGAGGCAGCCAAGGAGAGGGCCCAGAACCUUCUUCAGAGAGCCAACCAGCUGCGGAUGGAGCAGGAGGAAGAGCUGAAGGAUAUGAAAAAGAUCAUCCUCAAUGCCAAGUGCCAUGCCAUUCGGGAUGCCCAGAUUCUGGAGAAGCAGCUGAUCCAAAAAGAACUGGAUGCAGAGGAGAAGCGGUUGAAUCAGAUGAUGGAGGUGGAGCGGCAGAAAUCUGUUCAAAGGCAGGAGGAGCUAGACAGAAAGAGGAGGGAGGAGAGAAUCCGAGGAAGACGGCACAUUGUGGAACAGAUGGAAAAGAACCAGGAGGAGCGAUCGCUGCUUGCUGAACAGCGGGAGCAGGAGAAGGAGCAGAUGCUGGAAUACAUGGAAAAGCUCCAAGAGGAGGAUCUAAGGGUAACUGGGCUGCACAGAUCAUGCCAAGUUCUGCCAGCAACAAAGCCCUCCGACGCUGUGGGGUUGGAGGGGGACCUGGAACAGAGGCACCAGCAAAAGCUGAAGAUGCAGGCUGAGAUCAAACGCAUCAAUGAUGAAACCCAGAGGCAGAAAGCAGAGCUGCUGGCUCAGGAGAAGCUGGCUGACCAGAUGGUGAUGGAGUUCACCAAGAAGAAGAUGGCCCGAGAAGCAGAGUUUGAGGCUGAGCAGGAGAGAAUCCGGAGGGAGAAAGAGAAGGAGAUUGCCCGCCUGAGGGCCAUGCAGGAGAAGGCCCAGGAUUACCAGGCAGAGAAGGAUGCCCUGCGGGCCAAGCGCAAUCAGGAGUUUGCCGACAGAGAGUGGCGCCGAAAGGAAAAGGAAAACGCACAGAAGAAGCUGGAAACAGAGGCCAUGCUGCGGAAAAGUCGACUAGAACAGGUGGCUUUCAAGGAGCACACUCUGGCUGUCCAGGUGCAACGGGACCGGGAUGAGUUCGAGAGGAUUCUCCGGGCCCAGCGAGAGCAGAUUGAAAAGGAGCGGCUGGAAGAGGAGAAAAAGGCUACAGGGCGCCUGCAGCACGCCAACGAGCUCCGGCGCCAGGUGCGGGAGAACCAGCAGAAGCAGGUGCAGGCCCGGAUCGCCACCUUCGACGAGGGCCGGCGCCUCAAGGAGGAGGCCCAGAAGCGGCAUGAGCGCAUUGAAGACAUCAAAAGGAAAAAGCUCGAGGAGCUGAGAGCCACCGGCCUUCCUGAGAAGUACUGCAUUGAAGCUGAGCGCAAAGCUAACAUCCCAGUCAACACUUCUGUGAAUUGAGGGAACCCCUCUGCCCCUCAAGAUGCCUUCAAGGGGGGCAGGUUCCUCCCCAGCUCUCGAUGUCCAUAGCUGCUGCUAAUCUAGACAGUUCUGAGUUAUAGAUUAAAUCUAUUCUACUUCUGUAA